UUGCAGCCCUAGGGCUAUAAAUAGUUAAAUACCGCUAAAUUCCUGCCCUCGCCGUUGCAGUAAAACAAAUCGUGAUAGGCGUUUUCUCGACGGAAAGAGCUCUCUCUCUCUCUCUCUCUCUCUCUCAGUCAGAGACUCAGACAGAGCAAUCAUGGCGAAACAGGGGAGACAACGCCACCCCCACCCUUUACUCAGCGGACAGAGAAAGCAGAGCAAAUACAGCCACGGCCUCUCCUCCCUCGAGAUCCAAUCCCUCGCUUCCCUCUGCGACACCUUCUUCCCCUCCUUACCGCCGCCGCCGUCCGUCGAUCGCGACAUCUCCGACUUCUACAAACUAUCCGCCGGAAAAUCCCCUGUCCCCGACGAGGUGGCGGAGAUGCUGGCGAGGAGGGCCUUGCCGGAGGCGGUGAUUCUGGCGAGAAUUGUGCUGUUUGCCCUGUGGAGCCGGCUGGGGACUUUGAUUCUGUGUGGGAGGCUGUGUCUGGGGACUAAAUGGCCGUAUGUGAAGAGCUUCUCGGAGAUGCCGUUGGAGAAGAGGGAGAGAGUUGUGCAGUAUUGGUUGAAGCAUUCCAUCGUCACGCCGAUUCGAGUCGCUUUCUUCUACAUCAAAGUUCUUUGUCUCUACAUAUUCUUCUCCCGGGUUGACGAAAAUGGAGAUAACCUAGCAUGGAAAGGGAUCGGGUAUCAGGUCGAUGACGUCGUCGACAUCAAUCCAGCCGGAGCUCCUCCGCCGACAGAGAGGCCUCUCCGCAAGGGAAUCGUCGAAACAGCCCAAGAGACUCAUUACAGCUUCCUCCAAUCCCUUCGCGAGAAAGGCCUCACCGUCACUCAAGACCCCCGAAAUGACGACGUCUACAAGAUCCAUUGCGAUGCAGUGGUCGUCGGCUCCGGCUGCGGCGGAGGAGUCGCAGCCGCCGUCCUCGCCUCGUCCGGCCACAAAGUUCUCGUCCUCGAGAAAGGGAACUACUUCACCUCCGCCGAUUACUCUUCCCUCGAAGGCCCUUCCUACGACCAAAUGUACGAAAACGGCGGCCUCUUCGCCUCCGACACCGGGAACAUCCUGAUCCUCGCCGGAAGCACCGUCGGCGGCGGUUCCGCCGUGAAUUGGUCGGCCUGCAUCAGGACACCAGACCCAAUUCUGAAGGAAUGGGCCGAAGAGAAAAGGCUCGCGAUUUUCGGAAGCACAGAGUAUAGAUCCGCCAUGGAGACAGUCUGGGGAAGAAUUGGGGUCACGCAGAAUUGCUCUGCGGAAGGGCUCCAGAACCGAGUUCUUCGAAGGGGAUGCAAGAAUUUGGGUUUCGAGGUAGAAACAGUGGCUCGGAAUUCCUCCGAGAAUCAUUACUGCGGCUCCUGCGGCUACGGUUGUCGGAGAGGUGACAAAAAGGGUACCGACACUACCUGGCUGGUGGACGCGGUGGAAAAUGGGGCAGUUAUCCUAACAGGUUGCAAAGCAGAGAGAUUCAUAUUGGGGGGAAAAAACAGAGGAAAACAGAGCAAGAGAAACUUGAGAUGCAGAGGAGUAAUUGCGAGAAUCACGGGUUGCAAAAUUCAGGCGAAGUUAGAAAUCCAAGCGAAAGUAACCAUCUCCGCUUGUGGGUCGUUGCUAACUCCUCCUCUCAUGAUUUCAAGCGGGCUGAAGAAUCGACACAUCGGAAGAAACCUCCAUCUCCACCCUGUUCUGAUGUCGUGGGGGUAUUUCCCCGAUUCCAAUUCGGAACUCAAAGGUAAAAAAGCAUUCGAAGGGGGAAUCAUCACAUCGAUGCAUAAGGUAAAGGAAGAAGAAGGCUAUACCACCCGUGGCGUAAGAGCCAUACUCGAAACGCCAUUGUUGGGUCCAUCCUCGUUCGCGGGAUUGUGCCCAUGGGAAUCUGCAGCCGACUUCAAAUCGAGAAUGGUUAAAUAUUCGAGGACAUCUCUCGUGAUCGUGAUUGUAAGGGACAGAGGUCGCGGCGAAGUGAGCAAGGAAGGAAGGGUUAGCUACGCGUUGGAUCCAUACGACAGGGAGAAUCUCAGGGCGGGUCUGCGGCGGGCGUUGAGGAUUCUGGUGGCGGCGGGAGCUGCAGAGGUGGGGACGCAUCGCAGCGACGGGCAGAGGCUGCGAUGCGAAGGGGUUGGGGAGAAGGAAUUGGAUGAGUUUGUCGACGGCGUGACGGCUUCGAAUGGGGUGAUGUCUGUGAUGGAGAAGGAGUGGAUGAUGUAUACUUCUGCUCAUCAAAUGGGGAGCUGCAGGAUGGGGAAGAAUGAAGAGGAAGGAGCGGUGGAUGAGAAUGGAGAGAGUUGGGAGGCGGAGGAUCUGUUUGUGUGUGAUGGAAGUGUUCUUCCGACGGCGGUGGGGGUUAACCCGAUGAUUACUAUUGAGUCGAUUGCUUACUGCAUCUCCAAGAAGAUUGAGAAGAGGUUGAUGAUGGAUUGAAUGAUGUCAAUUAAAGUAAAUAAUUUGUUAUGUGAAAACAGAGUAUAGAGGAAGGUUGAAAAUGUAGGUGAUCUAUAUUGGGUUUUGAUGAAUAAGCUUUGUAAGAUGUGCUUGCUCAUAUUUGGACUUUCAUGUUAGUUCUGUAAAU